GGACCUCACACGGGAGGUCCAAACACUGCACCCUGGAGAUCAGAAAGGUUCCAGUGAAGCUGUCUUUCCAUAUACUCUUACUAUUGCACAGAAAGUUACUAAUCUUAGUAUCAUUUUGUGCCUCCUCCUUCUGAUCUUAAACACCCUGCAGUGAAAACAAACCAGUAAGCUUUUGCUAACCACAGUGUUUAAGUUCAAUUUCUAUCAACAAAUUUGUCACUUAAACUCACUUUCACCAGUAAAGUCAUUGUACUCAGAACACUUAUACCAUGUUGUAUGCCAUCUUCUACGACUUAUCCUUUGCCCCCCCCGCCCCCCCCAUCAAAAAAAAAGAAAAAAAGGCAGAUGUUUUCUAGAAGAGUGUGUCAUUUUUGGAACAUUUUGGGGAAUUUAACAAAUGUGACAAAUAAACAUGAGAAGUUAUGAUAUCUACACUUUUUCCUACCUGCACUGUAACAAGCAAGUGAAGAGAGGUUAUCUUAACUGUAAAUCCUAACAGCUGUGAUUGUUUGAGACAAAGUGCACAUGAAAUAAAAUAGCUGGUCUAAUGAUUUACUGACUUAUCCUCAGAUAAAUGAUGGAUUAGACUAAAAUUACUUGGAGCUUUCAACUGAAUUGCAACUAAGGGUAGGAAAAUACCAUGCUUAGAAUGACAUGCUGUUAACUAUUCUCUGUUGCACCAUCAUCUGAAAGAACUACAGAUUUGGGGUUGUUAGGCAUCUUUUACAAUUUUCAUUCUAUUUGGUUUUUGCUUGAUAGCAAAACCGUGCAGGUAUCCACUAUAUAACAACACUAGCUAGAAUGCCUGGUUACUAUUUGUGGUGUUUAUCUGCUUUUAUUGUAGUUGAGUAGCAUUUCUCUUAUAGGCACAGAAAAUGGGUAAUAACUGAAGACUACCUCUCAGCAGGAAAGUGAGAUCAGAUUGGCAACGAAUGGCAUGAUUGAAGACAAAAAGCCAGCUUCAGCACAAGGUUUGACCUUCACGUUGUUUCCCUGAAACAAGGCCACAGCAGAAGAGAUCAAGAUGGUCCCAAACUAUUCUACCGAAGAAACUGUUAAGAGAAUUCACGUUGAUUGUCCUGUUUCAGGAAGGCACAGUUACAUCUACAUUAUGGUUCCAACUGUUUACAGUAUCAUCUUCAUCAUAGGCAUAUUUGGGAACAGCCUGGUCGUUAUUGUUAUUUACUGCUACAUGAAAUUAAAAACAGUGGCUAGCAUCUUUCUGCUAAACCUGGCACUGGCUGACUUGUGUUUUCUAAUAACUUUGCCACUCUGGGCAGCCUAUACGGCCAUGGAGUACCAGUGGCCUUUUGGCAACUGUUUAUGCAAGCUAGCAUCAGCAGGAAUAAGUUUCAAUUUGUACGCCAGUGUGUUCCUACUCACAUGCCUUAGCAUCGACCGCUAUCUGGCUAUAGUGCAUCCAGUGAAGUCACGAAUCCGACGUACCAUGUUUGUUGCCAGAGUAACCUGCAUUGUCAUCUGGCUCCUUGCUGGUGUGGCCAGUUUGCCCGUCAUCAUUCAUCGCAAUAUAUUUUUUGCAGAGAACUUGAACAUGACGGUCUGUGGCUUUCGAUAUGACAACAAUAACACAACACUGAGGGUUGGGCUAGGUUUAUCCAAGAAUUUACUGGGAUUUUUAAUCCCUUUUCUCAUCAUACUAACAAGUUACACCCUAAUUUGGAAGACACUGAAGAAGGCAUAUCAAAUUCAAAGAAAUAAGACCAGAAAUGAUGACAUUUUUAAGAUGAUUGUGGCAAUAGUAUUUUUCUUCUUCUUUUCCUGGAUUCCUCAUCAAGUGUUCACUUUUCUGGAUGUAUUAAUUCAAUUACAUGUAAUAACAGACUGCAAAAUUACUGAUAUUGUGGAUACAGCUAUGCCCUUCACUAUCUGCAUCGCUUACUUCAACAAUUGCUUGAAUCCUUUUUUUUAUGUUUUCUUUGGAAAAAACUUUAAAAAAUACUUCCUUCAGCUAAUAAAAUACAUUCCACCAAAUGUCAGCACACAUCCAAGUCUCACUACAAAAAUGAGCUCCCUCUCGUAUCGACCACCAGAAAAUAUACGCUUGCCCACUAAAAAGACUGCUGGGUCUUUCGACGCUGAGUGAUGCAUUACGCUAUAUACUUUUUAUCUGAACAAGGUUGUGAACGAAGCAGCAUGAAUGACAAAAUCCAUCUGCAGUCCCAGACAUCACAGCUUACUGCUCAUUAUAGAAACAUUAAAUCACCUCAGCAAAAUCACACUACAAAGAUUUAGCAGUGGCCUUCUACUUUACAUUGUGCAGAGGAGUGCCUGAUUUUCACUUUGUUUUUCUUUGUUGAAAGCAGCAUAAACGGUAGGUCAGGUACUCCAGAGUUGGUCAGCAUUCUGCCAUUUACUCAAAACUACAGAAGAUCUCUGAACUUAAAGGAAAAGCUUUUGUAAGCAACGUGAAUUACGAAGAACUUGUUUUGCACAUGUGAGCCAUGUUUUGCCAAGUUUUGUUGCAGGCCCUGACGGAACUACACUGCUUGGUUUUGGGUUUGUGGUUUUCUUGUUGUUGUUGUUAUUUUGUAGGUUGUUUGUUGUUGUUCUUUUUAAUGAGUCAUUUGUCAUUGUAUUUAUAACCUGUUUUUCAAAUAUAUACCUUAUCUACAGGCCCAAUUUUAAACAGAGAUUGAAAUUUAAGGACAAUGAAAGUGGUCUCAUUCUGAUUUGUGCUACUAUUUUCCAUUUUUAAAAUGCAAAAUUUCAUAAUAUAUGCAAUAAAAUGCAGGUUUAUUUAUUAAA